CUCUCUCUCUCUCUCACUCACAGAUUCAGCCUUUCUCAGUUUCUCUCUCUAGAAAAACCAAACCUCGCUACUCUCUUCUCCCUUUUUUUUUGUAGUUCUUUCCUUAUUUGGCCUUCACACUCCGAACUGCGAAAUCCUUUUUUAGCAAAAAAAAAAAAAAAAAAGAGUGAGAGAGCGUGAGACAGAGAGAGUGGUCAUCAGUCAUCACCGUUGAUUGAUUAAGAUGCAGCAAUCAAACGGCUCUGAUUCGUCCACGACGGAGCAGAAAGCGCCGCCGCCGAGGCAAUCACCGGCGGUGGCGAGGCCGCAGCAAUGGCUGCCGAUGCAGUACCCUGCGGCGGCGAUGGUAAUGCCGCACCACAUGUUGCCGCCUCAGCAUUACGCGCCGCCGCCCUACGUGCCCUUCCACCACCACCACCACCAUCACCAGUACGCGGCGCCGCACGUGCCGAACCAACAUCAGCAGCAGCAGCAGCAUCACCACCAUCAGAACGGAUCCGGCGGCGAGAACAAAACCAUCUGGAUCGGCGAUUUGCAUCACUGGAUGGACGAAAACUAUCUCCAUCGCUGUUUCGCUUCCACCGGCGAGAUUUCCUCCAUCAAGGUUAUUCGCAAUAAGCAAACUGGCUUAUCAGAGGGUUAUGGAUUUGUGGAGUUCUAUUCACAUGCUACAGCUGAGAAAGUUUUGCAAAAUUAUGCUGGAAUUUUGAUGCCCAAUACUGAGCAACCAUUCCGUCUGAACUGGGCAACAUUUAGCACAGGAGACAAGGGUUCAGAUAAUGUUCCUGACCUUUCUAUUUUUGUAGGAGAUUUAGCUGCAGAUGUUACAGAUAGUUUGUUGCAUGAAACUUUUGCUAGUGUAUAUCCUUCUGUUAAAGCUGCAAAAGUUGUUUUUGAUGCCAAUACUGGCCGUUCAAAGGGCUAUGGUUUCGUCAGGUUUGGAGAUGACAAUCAGAGAACCCAGGCCAUGACUCAGAUGAAUGGUGUUUACUGUUCUAGCAGGCCUAUGCGUAUUGGAGCUGCAACUCCAAGGAAAUCAUCUGGCCAUCAACAAGGUGGGCAGUCAAAUGGCACAGCCAACCAAUCUGAAGCAGAUUCUACAAACACAACUAUAUUUGUUGGAGGACUCGACCCUAAUGUUUCAGAUGAAGAUCUCAGGCAGCCAUUCUCCCAGUAUGGUGAGAUAGUCUCUGUUAAGAUACCUGUUGGAAAGGGCUGUGGUUUUGUCCAAUUCGCAAACAGAAAUAAUGCUGAAGAGGCCUUGCAGAAGCUAAACGGGACAUCGAUUGGCAAGCAAACAGUUCGUCUUUCUUGGGGCCGUAAUCCAGCAAAUAAGCAGUUUAGAAUGGAUUUCGGCAACCCCUGGACUGGGGCAUAUUAUGGGGCCCCUAUGUAUGAUGGCUAUGGGUACGCAUUGACCCCUCGUCAUGAUCCCAGCAUAUAUGCUGCUGCUUAUGGGGCUUACCCCCUUUAUGGAGGCCACCAACAACAAGUAAGCUGAACGAAGUGCAGUACAGUGCUGGAGUACCAUUCACAACAAGUUAGACAGUAUCGAGCUUGAAUGUGCAAAUUAAGUUUCUCUGUUUUAACUUGCUUGAUCUGUUGAAUUCUUAAGACAAGAAUCCCUCCUAAUUGUGGAGCGGAGAUGAAUUUUGAUAGCCUGAGGUAGCUCUGUAGGGGAUUCAAUUAGUCAUUUGUUUAGGCCUGUAGGAGUAAUGACUAAUGAGGACCUUAAACUUAUUAUAGGAAUAAUUGUCUUAAGUAUGACAACGUGUGUGUUUGCUUGCUAUUUAUUUGUUUCCGGCAGUUGACAUUGAAGCUUUGCCUUUGUUAGUUUAAAGGGUCUUUCAUUUCUUCUUUGCCA